UUAUGAUUAGCGAGUUUCUAUUAUUAUACAUAUAGGUACCUUUUUAUGUGCAAUUGAACAGCGACCCAACGACUCUUUCAUAUGUUUUAGCAGUCUCUUGGUGUCUAUGGAAGCGUGAUUGUCAUUAGGCGCGCCUGCUCUUCAUAGAUUGAUACGAGCAUCAAGCACUUCAUGAAAUGACGCGCAACAGCAACAAGUCCUGUGAGCCCGUGUUUUGGGUAGAGCACAUGGAGGAAGGAGAUGUGGUGGAGAAGUGGGCAAGUCUGGAAUACCGUCAUAUGGAAAGUUUUGGCGGAAGGUUAGUGAUCGCGCGACAUCCGGAUGCGCAAUCGCAGAGUUCGGUACCAAGCCAGGAGACGAAUCUCCAAACGUCUUUCGAACUAUUACAUAAGAUUUUCAACAACGAGGAUGAGGACGAUGGUGAGGAAGCGCAAGGAGCAAAGAGGUGUUCACAACUACCAGAUCUUCAGGAUGAUGCAGAUAGAAGCCCAGUGUCGACCUCAGCUUCCGAUGCGGACUCAGUACAAAGGAGCAACGGGCGCACCUUGUUGCUCCGCGAAUCGUUACUUGAGCUACUUCACGAACCUAAUGAAGUACAACACGCAGACUCAAACAACCCCUCCCGCACUUCACCCUUGACAGGCAAGCGGAUCUGUUUGCUAGAUAUGAAGGCAGAGAAGGCGUUGUCCGUGGAUGACGAAUUUGAUGUGGUCAUUGCGGGUGGAAUUUUAGGUAAUGUUCAUGCGCUAGAAGACGACGAGUUUGCGGAAACGAGCGACAAGCUGAUGAAAGAGGAAAAUUACCGCUAUACUUCCGACGACAGGACAGCAGAAAUCCGUGAUGUUUUGCCACCAUGGAUCGAACGUCGACAUCUGGGCGCAUGGCAGAUGACGACGGACACAGCUAUUCUGGUUGCCAAACUCGUCCUCGGAGGCGUGACCAACCCUUUGAAGACGUUGUUGGGCGCGUCAACUACAACUAGCACAUCGCUAGCUAACUGCUGUACAAACAAUAGGCUUUCUCUGCAAGGAAUCCCCUACAUUGAUGGACCGGAGAUCGAUCUCAACGACGAGGCAGCGACGCUUUGCUGGCAAGAGACUCUCUCUACAACAAGAAUACCUAGAGAAAGUGAUGGGAACACUGAAGUAGAGAAGGAUCAACAUCUCUCUCAAGUAGUUGUUGGGCCAGCGCGAGAGGGCGUGGAGAUGGAGGGUUUCCGAUACGUGGCUGCGCAAAAUUUUAGAGGGGAUAAGGUUCCAAUUAUCCCAGAAGGCAUGCGGGAUUACUGGAAAGAGAGUUGCGACGAUGACAUACUUUGGUAAUGUUGCACUCAACUGAGAGCUUGUAGACUCGAAUGAUGCCUAAUAAUACAGCGAUGAACUACCGCCCAUACGCUACAAGUGGUAGUAGCGGUAAAUAAUGUUGAUAUGUUUUGGCUUUCCGAUAAGGUGGAAGUCCGUCCACUACAUGUGUCCUGCCACAUAAUGUUAAAUUUAGGCUGAUCCAAUUGCUAACCUCUGUUUUCAAGGAGCAAUCAAGAAAACAGAGGUUAGCAAGACCUUUUAAAGCACAGGGACGCGCGUUCAGUUGAAAACACACGAAAAUGAAUAGGAAAACGAAACUUCAAUGAAGAUCUGACUUUGAGCCAACAGGAAUUG